AGGAAAGAGAUGCGGCGGAGACUGCCGAGAGAACACGAGCGGAUCCGAAGCGACACAGUGUGCCCGAAGCACACACAGAGAAAAGAUCAUGAUAGUAAAACUUUCAUUCCUGAGAGGAGUUACUGAAAACAAUAGGCAGGAGGACGGCGGAGAGAGGAGGCACAAAACAGAGGAAGGGGGAAGACUUGAGACUUAGGGUGGCUCAAGAAGGUGUGUGCUGUGUGUUGACUGUGCAUUACCACCAGGUGGCAGCUCACACACACAGUGAAGAGAUUGAUGAGCUGAUGACAGGUGUGCAGGACUGCCAGCUGAGGAGCCGUGGCCAGGUUAUGGGCUGUUUCUGGAGCUGUGAGUGUGACGCUGCUCAGAGUAAUCGGACUGCCACUAAUACCUGCUGCUGCUAACAGGAGGCGAUGGGGGAAGUUUCUUCACACAGUCCCCGUCAGGCCAGAUCUGCAACUCCGGCCGACCACUGAGUCUGCGUUUUUUGGGAAGGCCUCUGUUGAGUCCCAGAGGAAGAAAACAUGGCCAACAACUCUUUUCGUGGGUCCAAACAUGGCCGACGUGGCGAGGCCAACCACGAGGUGGAGUUCAGCUGCUCGCUCCAGGAGCUGCGCUCCCUCAUGGAGCUGAGGGGAGCAGAGUCAGUCACUAGGAUCCAGGAGUGUUACGGAGAUGUUAAUGGACUGUGUGCCAGACUGAGGACGUCACCUGUCGAAGGUUUAGAUGGAAACUCGGAGGACAUCGACAGAAGACAAGAGGUGUUUGGACAGAACCUCAUUCCUCCUAAAAAGCCAAAAACCUUUGUGCAGUUAGUGUGGGAAGCCCUGCAGGAUGUCACGCUCAUCAUCCUGGAGGUGGCAGCCAUCAUUUCACUAGGCCUUUCUUUCUAUAAACCGCCGGGUGCUGAGAGACAGAACUGUGGCAGGGCAGCUGGCGGCGUAGAGGACGAGGGUGAGGCGGAGGCUGGAUGGAUUGAAGGCGCAGCCAUCCUGCUGUCUGUGGUGUGUGUGGUCCUUGUGACGGCCUUCAAUGACUGGAGCAAAGAGAAGCAGUUCCGUGGCCUCCAGAGCCGCAUCGAGCAGGAGCAGAAGUUCACCGUGGUACGAGGGGGGCAGGUGAUACAGAUCAAAGUGUCAGAGAUCGUCGUAGGAGACAUCGCACAAGUCAAAUAUGGUGACCUCCUCCCGGCUGAUGGCGUCCUGAUUCAGGGUAACGAUCUGAAAAUUGAUGAGAGCUCUCUAACCGGAGAGUCGGACCACGUCAAGAAGAGUCUCGACAAAGACCUCAUGUUGCUAUCAGGUACCCAUGUGAUGGAAGGCUCCGGCAAGAUGGUGGUGACCGCUGUAGGUGUGAACUCUCAGACUGGAAUCAUCUUCACGCUGCUCGGUGCCGGUGACGACGGUGAUGGUGACGAAGAGAAGGCUGAAAAGGAAAAGAGGAAGAAGGAGAAAGAGAAGAAGAAAGAGGAGCGGAAAAAGAAAGAGAAGAAGGACAAGAAAAGUAAAAAGGAUGAAAAAGGCAGGAAAGGAAAAACGAAGGAUGGAGGCACUGUGGAGAUGCAGCCGCUCAACGAGGAUGAUGAACCAGACAAGAAGAAACAAAAGCUUCCUAAAAAGGAGAAGUCUGUCCUCCAGGGGAAGCUGACCAAAUUGGCUGUGCAGAUCGGCAAAGCAGGUCUAUUCAUGUCGGCUCUCGUCGUCAUCAUCCUGAUCACCCGCUUCCUGAUCGAUACCUUCUGGAUUCAGGGGGUUCCGUGGACCAGUGAGUGUACGCCGAUCUACGUGCAGUUCUUGGUCAAGUUCUUCAUCAUCGGUGUGACGGUGCUGGUGGUGGCCGUGCCUGAAGGUCUCCCUCUGGCUGUCACCAUCUCCCUGGCCUAUUCAGUCAAGAAAAUGAUGAAGGACAAUAACCUGGUCCGCCACCUGGACGCCUGUGAGACAAUGGGCAACGCCACGGCCAUCUGCUCCGACAAGACGGGCACGCUCACAAUGAAUCGGAUGACAGUGGUGCAGGCCCACAUUGCAGGGCGCCACUACAAAAAGGUACCAGAGCCGGACCUGAUUCCUGCCAAGAUCCUCGACCUCCUCAUCCAGGGCAUCGGGGUCAACUGCGCCUACACCACCAAGAUUAUGCCUCCAGAGAAGGAGGGCGGGCUGGCUCGCCAGGUGGGGAACAAGACUGAAUGUGCCUUACUGGGAUUCUCCCUCGACCUGCACAGAGACUACCAGACCGUCCGCAACGAAUACCCAGAGGAGAAACUGUUCAAGGUCUACACCUUCAACUCCGUGAGGAAGUCCAUGAGCACCGUGCUGAGGAACCACGAUGGCAGCUACCGAAUGUUCAGCAAGGGGGCCUCUGAGAUCCUGCUCAGGAAGUGCUGCAAGAUCCUGCUGGCCAGCGGCGAGGCCAAAGUCUUCAAACCUCGCGACCGAGAGGAUCUGGUCAAGAACGUGAUUGAGCCGAUGGCAGGCGAGGGCCUAAGGACAAUCUGCCUUGCCUACAGAGACUUCCCUGUGUCUGAAGGGGAGCCUGAGUGGGACAACGAGGCACACAUCCUCACUGGCCUCACCUGCAUCUGCGUCGUUGGCAUUGAGGACCCUGUUCGACCUGAGGUACCAGACGCCAUCAGAAAGUGCCAGCGGGCCGGGAUCACUGUCCGCAUGGUGACCGGAGACAACAUCAACACUGCCCGGGCCAUCGCCAUCAAAUGUGGCAUCAUGCAACCUGGAGACGACUUCCUCUGCAUGGAGGGGAAAGAGUUCAACAGACGGAUCCGCAACGAGCUGGGAGAGAUUGAGCAGGAGCGCAUUGAUAAGAUUUGGCCAAAGCUGAGAGUCCUCGCCCGAUCGUCUCCAACGGAUAAACACACUCUGGUCAAAGGUAUCAUCGACAGCACUGUGUUGGAGCAGAGGCAGGUUGUCGCGGUGACCGGAGAUGGAACAAACGACGGUCCCGCCCUCAAGAAAGCGGACGUCGGUUUCGCCAUGGGCAUCGCAGGGACGGACGUGGCGAAGGAGGCGUCUGACAUCAUCCUGACAGACGAUAACUUCAGCAGCAUCGUGAAGGCUGUGAUGUGGGGCAGGAACGUCUACGACAGCAUCUCCAAGUUCCUGCAGUUCCAGCUCACUGUCAAUGUGGUCGCCGUCAUUGUGGCCUUCACCGGAGCCUGCAUCACCCAGGACUCUCCUCUGAAAGCUGUGCAGAUGUUGUGGGUCAACCUCAUUAUGGACACCUUCGCUUCGCUGGCUCUCGCCACCGAGCCGCCUACCGAGGCACUGCUGCUCAGGAACCCAUACGGCCGCAAGAAACCGCUCAUUUCCCGCACCAUGAUGAAGAACAUCCUGGGACACGGUGUCUACCAGCUGGCCACAAUCUUCACCCUGCUCUUUGUUGGUGAGAAGAUGUUUGAUAUUGACAGCGGCAGAGACGCACCGCUCCACGCCCCGCCCUCCGAGCACUACACCAUCGUCUUCAACACGUUUGUCCUGAUGCAGAUCUUCAACGAGCUCAAUGCUCGCAAGAUCCACGGCGAGAGGAACGUCUUUGAGGGCGUCUUCAACAACCCCAUCUUCUGCUCCAUUGUCUUUGGAACCCUCCUCAUACAGAUCGUCAUCGUCCAGUUUGGUGGUAAACCAUUCAGCUGUGUGAGUCUGACCCCCGAGCAGUGGCUGUGGUGUCUCUUCUUCGGCAUCGGCAGCCUUCUGUGGGGACAGCUGGUGUCCAGCGUCCCUACCAGCUGGCUGAAGUUCCUGAAGACAGCGGGUCACGGCACGCAGCAGGAGGAGAUCCCUGAGGAGGAGCUGGAGGAGAUGAAGGACCUGGAUGAGAUCGACCACGCCGAGAUGGAGCUGAGGAGGGGCCACGUGCUCUGGUGCCGCGGCCUCAACCGCAUUCAGACGCAGAUUCGUGUGGUGAACGCUUUCAGAGACAGCGUGUCUCCGUACGAAGGUCUUGAGACGCCCGAGUCUCGCAGCUCCAUACACAACUUCAUGAAUCAUCCUGAGUUCCGCAUCGAGGACUCGGAACCUCAGAUACCCCUGAUUGAUGAGGUAGAGGGCGAGGACGAAGCCCCCACCAAACGCAACUCCAUCAUCCCUCCGCCACUCACCGGACUGUCCAACUUGCAGCCUCUCCCGUCCUCACCCAACCAGAACAACAACGCCAUGGACCGCAUCGUCCCACUUCAUAAAGACGGCUCCAGGGGCUCCGGGUUUAUCCCACCCAACUCAGCGGGGCUGCCACCAUGUCCGGGGAGCCCCCUGCACAGUCUGGAGACCUCGCUUUGAAGCCCCACUCCCAUGACCUGACCACUUCCUGUUACGAUGGUCUGUUCGUACGUUUGUGGUUCUUCUAAGAGCCAAAGAAUGAAAAAAAACAUUUUAAAAACAGACUCAUGUGAUUGGUUCUCGUCAGGACUUCAACUGCUGUUUUUUAGAAUUCAGGAAGCAGAAGUGUUUUGUUUGUGUUCAAACAGACUGCUGUUUCCUUCUUUGACUUAGUAGACAUGAACUCUACAGUUGUUGUUUAGGAAAAAAGUGUUUGUGAGGUGAUCGACCAAUAAUCAGUUUCUGAUGUGUAAAUAAUCAUGUCGAUGUUCAGAUGUAGCCAGAGCUCAUUUUGAUCUGCAGUUUGUGAGCAAACGAGCAGAUGGUGACGAGCUCUGCUUAGUAUUUGUGUCAAAGUUUAUCUUUAAGGAUCUGUGACUGAAAUGAUUAGAGUCAGUCAGUUUUAAGGAGGGGGGAUGUUUAUUCUUACAGAAAAGUGUGUUUGUAGACAGAAAAGUAUAUGUCUUAUGUUGGAUUUUACAAAAGUAAUUAAAAGUUAAAAACAAUUUCCAGAGCUUGUGACGCAGCUUGAUCAAUUACACUGAUGGUUGCAGCAAAGCUGUCCUAAAAAUGUAUCAUUGGCACUAAGGGGUAGUGAUCAGAACACUUGCAUUAACAAACUUAUGAUUAGGCUUUACUAAAGAGAGGAUCUGACAAAAAUAUCUGUUAAAUAUGAACCAAAUUAAGCAAUGUCUUGAGGAGAAAAGUCCUUAUUUUAUCUCACAAAGGUUGUUUAUUUGUUCAGUCCUCAGUCGAGGAAUGGAGGGGAAAGACUGACAGGCCUUUAAGUAACCUUUCUUUCCAAAAGAGUGUAAAAAAAAAACAACAAAACAAAGGAAAAAAAAGUAGGUGGUUAAAAAUUAAACAAGAAGAUUUCUCAAGUACCUUCAGAGCCAACAUGGACAGCAAAGACCAAGUCAGAGAGGUGUUGGAUGAGAGAAACACUGUGACAGGUACACUGAAAGCCAAAAUUAUAUCAGAGAUUUUUGGAAAAAUUAGUAGAAAUAAAGUUUUGAAAACAAGAAAAAGUUGAAACAGUAAUAUGACAAAUCUGGUUUUCAAAGAAAAAGGCUUGAUUUAAAAAGUAUUACUGUGAGUGAAGUUGUCUAAUAACGUUGUUUUGAUCACAAUUUUAACAUUCUGACAACCUUUUUUUACAGGAAUAACAAGAUCAGAUAUUUUCAGAAUAAAGUAACAUUUUUUAGGGCAGAGUUUUAGCAGAAAAUAGUUUGAAAUUACAAACAAUGAAGUUGAAAUUUUAUGGAAUUGUUUUUAUCUUAAAUAGAAUAGGAUAGAAAAUAAGUAAAGUAAUAUUGCUAUCCCUCAAAUGUAUCUUUUCCUUUGUUUUCUGUGUGUUUUGUCUCUUUUCUAAUUAAUAAAGUACUUAAAAUAUGAGUGUAAAGAGGUGGAGGAGGGCAACCAGAUGAAGAUGUUGGUAAAAAAAAAAAAAAAAGUUCCACA